AACCAACUUCAGUGUAUUAAAAAAAAUUUCCUAUACCAUAAAAAAAGAGCCACAUUUUCGUCAUUAUAUCUAUCUUGGAAAUCACACAAUUUUGUGUAUUAAUUAAUAUAUUUUCUUCAAAUAUUUAAUUUUCUAUUAUAAUCAUGUCCGAUUGGGAUACUGUUACGGUUUUACGUAAAAGGGCACCGAAAGCUUCAACUUUAAAGACAGAAAGUGCUAUCAAUCAUGCACGUCGUCAGGGUGUAGCUGUCGAUACUCAACAAAAAUUUGGUGCAGGCACUAACAAACAACAUGUUACCACGAAAAAUACUGCCAAGUUGGAUCGCGAGACUGAAGAAUUGAAACAUGAUAAAAUUCCAUUGGAUGUUGGCAAAAUCAUUCAACAAGGCCGCAAUGCAAAGGGACUUAGUCAGAAGGAUUUGGCUACGAAAAUCUGUGAGAAGACUCAAGUGGUGACUGAUUACGAAGCUGGACGUGGCAUCCCAAACAACGUAAUUCUCGGUAAGAUCGAGCGUGUGAUUGGAUUAAAAUUACGUGGAAAGGAUCGCGGUCAACCGCUGGCGCCUCCUGGUAAAAAGUGAAUCGCAAAUAACCAGCAUGCUGGCAUGAAAUCAGGGGGCGAAUAACCAAUUUAUACAAAAAAAAAAAAUGAAUAUUAAUAAAUAAAAAGAAAAUUAUUAUUUCGUUUAA